UAUUACACCACGUUGGUCUGUGAUAACUCCCGCAAAAACGUGUUUACUUUCUUGAAUGAAUUUGAAAUCUUGAAAAUAUUCCAAAGGAAUGUUCUGAUCUUCAAGAACUAUGUGAUGGAAUUGCAUCUUCCGAUCGCUUGUGAAUUGCAAUUACUCUAAUCAUAGAUUGUGGAUAAACUUUUAAUAUUGUUUAUAACAAACCUUCUUGUCAUUGUUUGGAAAUUUGAAAGACCAUGGAGAUGACAUUAUACGACGAUUCACAAUUUCGCAGCGGUAAAAACAGCGGCAGAACUAUGAAACGUCCCGUGACCUUAGAUUUGGACUCUCCAGAAACAGCAAGUAAGAAGCAAAAAUUUCCAAUUUUAACCUCUCCCGAUUUAAACAUGCUAAAGUUAGCAUCCCCCGAGCUAGAACGUUUCAUCAUCGCCAACAGUGGUAACAUCACAACAACGCCAACACCAACCCAAUAUUUGUUUCCAAAAGAUGUUACGGAGGCACAGGAACAAUAUGCAAGAGGUUUCAUCGAUGCACUCAAUCAAUUACAUCAGAAGCCAUUCGACAUGAAUAGUGCUGCGUUGAAAGGAUAUUCCGAAUCAAAUUCAAUUGGCACCCCAGGAAGUGCAACUAUUCAAAAACUCUAUCCGAACUUUUUACCUAUAUACUUGCAACAUUCGCCAACCAGUGUGAUAAAAACCUCAGAUACUCCCAAAAAAUCCGUCAUCACGACAAAUGCCAGCAGCAUUGUGCGACCUCCGUCUGUGGAAAGUAGCAACAGUAAUAGCUGCAACAGCAAUAGCUACAGUGUGCCAUUACAAAUUGCCAUUAAAGAGGAACUUCAGACAGUGCCCAGUGAUUUCUCUACUCCCCCAAUGUCCCCCAUCCAAAAUGCACCCAUCGAUAUGGCAGACCAAGAACGUAUCAAGCUUGAAAGGAAGAGGCAAAGAAACCGUGUUGCUGCCAGCAAGUGUCGAAAAAGAAAGCUGGAAAAAAUAUCCCAGUUGGAGGAUAAGGUGAAAGAACUCAAAGGAGAAAAUUCUAAAUUGGAAUUAAUUGCUGAUAAACUACGUGAACAAGUGUCUUGUUUAAAACAAGAGGUAAUGGAGCAUGUAAGAAAAGGAUGCCAAAUGAUGAUUGCUCAUCUCGUGUAAAUUUUCUGAUAUAUGCAAAUAGAAUCAGGGUCCAAUUUCUGAAUAGGGCAACUAGGCAAUGUCCUAGAGUCCCCCAAAUGGCUAAAACUAUAAGGUUUAACUACUAGGAGGCCCUGAAAAAGUGUUCAGCCUAAGGCCUCCUGAUAUCUUAAUUGGUCCCUGAGAACUGUGCCUUUUCGUUUCAUUUUCAUGUAAAACGAAAUACAGCUCUGAAGUCAUUGACUUGGUGGUGACCAUAUUUUUGUGCCUUACCUUGACAGUAUUUUCUUCAUUAACCUUGCAAGGCUAUCUGUUUUUCCCCAUAAACUUUCAAAGCCCUUCUUCAUAGUGUAGUUUAAUACUUAUGUGCUUUAUUUAUUUGGAACUGUAAAACUUGUUUAAGCUUCAUCUUUUUUUUACCAUUGCUUUAAAAGAAAACCUGGCUGCAUCAUUUUCAUGGAAAUAAUACUUACAUUCAAAAAUCAUUUGUUGACUGAGGGCACUACUGAAGUAAGGCUUGUGUGAAUUUGUUCAAUUUCUUUAGUCAUUAUAACAAUUCAUAUGUGCAAGUAAAUAAGAAAGCACCGUAUUGAAAAUAUUUUUCGAAUAUGAAAGCACUGAAGUUUUAAAAAUCAAUUGGUUUAUCAUUAAACUUCGAUAGAAUAUAAACUUAUGAAUUUUUAGAAAAUAUGAUGUUUCAGGAUGAAAAAUGCUCUGCUAAAAUGUGAUUAAAAUUACUAAAAAAUCAGCAGUGUAAAAACCCAAAUUGCUGAGUUUUUUUUUAAAUUUUUUAUUUCAUAAAUGUGUCAAAAAAAAAAAAAAAAACUCUGACAAUUUGUUAGUAAAAUUGAAAAGUCUUCUCUUCAAGCAAGUUCUGCUUCAUUACACUGUUUCGUUGUUUUCAUUUUAAUCAUGUAGCAUAUUAAUGAUAAAAGAUUUAAAAGUUCUGGAAAAAAGAAAUUUUUUUAAAAUAAAGUAUUAUUCUAACUGAGACAUAAAUAUCUCACAUAAAACUUUUGUUGUUGUUAGAAAAUAGGAAAGAAAUAGUUAAAACAUUGCAGCCUCAUAAAACACAAUUAAAAAAAGUAUUUUAAAGAACUUUUAGUGCAAGUGUAGUGUUUACUUUUAAUAUAUAAAUUAUAUUAUGUUGCACAUUGCAAAGUGAAAAUUUUUAUCUAAUUAUGUAAACUGAUCAAUCUUUGCAGUGACAAUUGAAGACCAAUGUGCAAGACUCCACUUUAAAAACUUUCAGGAAUUGCAAAAUGUUUUUUAAAAAUUCAUUUUUAAAGAUUUUGUUACAUUAAAUAUGUUGAAAUCUGCCUUUAUGAACCCUAUUUCAACAACACUUGAAUAAUUUAAAAUGUUAUCUAUGUGUAAUUAUUUCAUUUGGCGUUGACCCCUUUCUUGUUGCAAACACAUAAGAUAAUCCCAAAUUCAGGUGUUUUUUAAAAUUAUUCAAACAAUAUUUGAUUUUAACAAGUAAACAUGACUGUUAUGAUAAAUGACACUUGUUUCAAAAUAAUGUAACUCUUUUAUUCUUUGGUUUCUUUUGAAACGUAGCAACUCCUGUCCUUUAAUAUCUAAUGCAGAGGUGAUUGUUGACUGAAGUAAAAUAUUUUGAAGAUUAAGUCGGAUCUCGAUAAUUUGAAGCUUAUAACUUGAAUACUUCUUUUCUCAAAGUUUUCCUUGGGUCCCAAACUCUUGAGACUGUUGUGGACACUUCCCGUAAUUCGAACAUUUAACUCGAACAUUUAAGCCAGUCCGUUUGGACUUCUUGUUAUUGAGAGUUGGCUGAAGUGUGAAAUUUUCAAAAACUAUGAGGAAGCUCAACCCCCCCCCCCCCUCGCUGUAAAAAACUCUUCAAAUGUACAUACAAAAAUCAUUGAAAAAAAAUUAAUUAAAAAAAAUCAAUCUUAGAAUGUGUUGUCAGCCAAAAAAUUUCGGAAACGGCAGACUUUGAUAAAAUUAAGAGCUUUCUGCGAACACAAAUCCUAACUGGAAAAAUUUCUGCAAAUAAUUAUUUUGCCUAAUUCACCCUUGAAUAAAGAAUUAAAUUUAUAUCCAAAUAUAAAAACGACAAAAAAAAAAGCUUUAAAAUCAUUAUUAUUAUUAUUGUUUUUUUUUGUUUUGUUUUUUUUUUUUCAACAUCUAGUUAUUUUUCACCAAGGGUGGGGGGAGGGGUGUGGCUUAACUAUCAUUUUUUGGCCAAUAUCAAUGACAUGAUCAUUAAUAUUAUUUUCAUUUUAUAGUGAAAAAAUUCAUGUGGAUCUGAAACUACUCAAAGUGUUGACACAUAAAACAUAAGCUACCUGUUUUUUACUUGAAAAAUUUAUGAAGAUAUUUGGGUUUGUAAACAAAUCAACAAAAACUACUCAUUAGUUUAAAAUUAAGUAUUUCUGCAAAAACUAAUACCGUAUUUCCUACGAAUAAGCUUUUAAAAAAGUAAAAUUAAUGAAGGGUGGAUUAUCAAUGCUUUUUAAAUUUCUCUAUGCAGGAUUCACCAAUAGAAACUGUUGUUCCGUAGUCUGUAAGGUUAAUUAUUUUACAUAGCGUGAAUUAUCUUCUUACACUAUUCAGGCUGUGUAAAAUAAACUGUUGGCUCCUUUGUAAUUAGUGUACUAUAAUCAUGAUUUAAAGAAGAAAUCAUUAAUUUUUAGAUUAAUUGUGCCUAACCAGGGGUCUGGCCAGAGAUAUUUGGGCGAACGGACCCUUCACAAAAAUCCGAUCAACCAAAACGGACCUUUCACAAAAUCCCGAUCGGACCUUUCACAAAAUCCCGAUCAAACAAAACGGACCUUUCACAAAAUCCCGAUCAAACAAAACGGACCCUUCACAAAAUUCUGAUAAACAAGAUCAGAUCUGUCACAAAUUGUUUAUUGAAA